AACCUUCAAGUGAUUCAUUUCUGGUUUCCAUCAAAACACAGCUGAGUUCCCAAUUUGUCAAUAAUUUAACGUUUAUUACUAAUUGAAGCAUACAAUCACUACUAAUAACUACUACACAAUUUACAGACGUGCAGACUACUUAGAAAAUGUCUGUGAGCCAAGAUAAUCGUCCAGAACUCUUUGAAGAAGUUAAACUUUAUCAGAAUGCCCGUGAACGUGAGAAGUACGACAACAUGGCUGAUUUGUAUGCAGUUAUAAACACUUUGCAGCAACUUGAGAAGGCCUAUAUUCGAGAUUGUGUUACGCCAAAGGAAUACACUGGAGCCUGCAGUAAACUACUUGUUCAAUACAAAGCAGCUUUUAGACAGGUUAAGGGUGAUGAGUUUCCUAAUAUUGAUGCAUUUGUGAAGAAAUUUCGUCUGGAUUGCCCUGCUGCUUUAGAACGUAUUAAAGAAGACAGACCAAUAACAAUCAAAGAUGAUAAGGGAAACACAAGCAAAUGUAUUGCAGAUAUUGUUUCUUUGUUUAUUACACUUAUGGACAAACUGCGGCUCGAAAUUCGUGCAAUGGACGACUUGCAUCCGGAGUUACGUGAUUUGGUUGAUACAAUGAACCGAUUGAGCAUCCUACCCUCUGAAUUUGAAGGGAAACAGAAAGUUACCGAAUGGUUGGGCACGUUGAAUGCGAUGCAAGCAUCUGACGAGCUCUCUGAAGCGCAGGUGCGACAGCCUUUUGAUCUUGAGAGUUCGUACAGCGCAUUUAACAAAGUUUUGCACAAUUCUUCAUAAUGUUUGUGGGAACACACUUCACCAGAGAGAAUCAUAUUUCGUGCAGAAAUGCUUGCAAUUAUUGCCACUGGCGUGUAUUUUAAGUUUAAUUACGCAUAUAUUUUAGUAAUAGAUUGUUAUUUAACAUAAGAACAUAAA